AUGGGUCCGGAGUUUUUUCUGGUAGGAAAAUUAUUUAUUUUAAUAACUGGUGCAAGUAAGGGAAUAGGGCGAGGCUUUGCCAUUACAUUUUCUCAAGUAGCAGAUAGAGGUUCACACUUCUUAUUGAUAGCUCGUAAUGAAACUGGAUUGCGAGAAACAGCUAGCCAAAUGAGUAAUCGUGUCAAUGUUGAUUACGUCAGUAUGGAUUUAUCUGUAGCGCACGCUGAUCAAUUGGAAGAUAUUAUCAGAAAUCGUAUCAAUCCGAAUGAAUAUGAUCAUGCCAUCAUUAUCCAUAAUGUUGGAACAUCUGGUGAUUUAAGUCAGUUGACCAAUGAAAUGAAUAAUUUUCGUGUUUGGGAAGAAAUGUAUGAUUUGAACGUAUUUUCGCCAGCUGUUUUAAACUCAGUAUCCAUGAAAAUAUUCAAUAACAAUGUCAGAGCUAAGAAGUUGGUCAUUAAUUUGACUUCUAUUCUCAGUAAAAUGCCAUUACAAUCACUCGGUUAUUAUUGCUCUGCAAAAGCUGCACGUGAAAUGUAUUUCAAAGUUUUUGCUAAAGAGUUUCCAAACGUCAACGUUUUAAAUUAUUCGCCGUAUGUUGUCGACACAGAUCUAAUAAGAUCUAUAGAAAAAAUAAAUAGAACUACAGAAGCGGUUGAAUUUACACAGAAAGUACGACAAGACAGAAAAAUAUUAACGCCCAUUCAAGCUGCUAAAGGUCUGAUUCGAAUCAUAAGAGGUCAAAGAUAUAAGUCGGGUGAUUUCGUCGAUUAUUAUGAUUAA